AAAUGAAUAAAAACUGAGCUGCAAGCAACUAACCAGUAAAUAUUUCUUCUAUACACAUUCGCCCAGUAAACGUUUUCUACAAAUGGGUACAUUUGCUGGACAUGUGUUCCCUGGGAGCGUUUUCAUCUUUUUUGGUUUAUGGUCUGUUUGGAAUAUAGCAGAAAAAUUUAGCCGACGAAAACGUUAUGAAUUAAACAGGUCCAGAGAAUCCAUUCCAUUAUUUAUCAAUAGAAUAUCAUUUCCAAUUGUGAGAAAAACUUCCAGUAACCACAACUGCUGUAUAAAAAUUAUACCAUUUGAUUCAGUUCUCAAAAUUUUAUGUUGCGUCAUUGUAUUGUGCGAAGAAGUUCAGUUAGGCUUUAAAAAAGACUGGACGGAUGUGGAUCCUCAUAGUGCACAACAUGUCAGUAUGAUCUCUUUAUUUGGAGUAAGUGGCGUUGCUGAAGUAUGCAUACUUUAUGGGGUAUUGAAAAUUCCAGUCCAAUCGGAAUACUUCUUCACCUUUAUGGCACUUCUAGGAGAAUUCUUUUUAUUCAUGUUUCAUUUACACGGGAGAAGUCCUUUGGAUGUUUACAUUCACUUACUUCUAGCUGGGAUGGUCGCAUUAGGUGUUGUACUACUACUCUGCGAACUGAUAGCUCCUCAUCAACCAGUUUAUGGUAUAAUGCGCAGUUGGACAUAUCUAAUGCAAGGAACAUGGUUUUGGCAAAUUGCUGCCACAUUAUAUCCAACGUCAUCAUGGAUGCCAAUAUGGAACCACAGCGCACCACAAAGCCUAGCAUCGGCAGCUAAUUCAUUCGCCUACCAUAUGGUGGCUAAUUUCUUCGCAAUCAUUUUAAUUUUUAUAUUGAUCAGAUUACGUCACAGAGUUGGAUUCAUCAGUAAUAAAACAGUGAUCAACCACCUAUCGUCCACAGUAGAAGCGCCAGCAGGAAAUUCAGUGAUAAGAAGAGAGAACGAGCAACAAAAUUAUAAGAUCCAGACAUUACAAUUUCAGAGUUUUACUCCGCAGAAUGAUGCUGAGGAGUUUAACUGAAUUAUCAUCUCGACAAAGACGCUUGUUAAUGUGCAUGAAAUAAAACAUAAGCAAUUAUAAAGUAAAAGUAUGCAUGAAUAUGAAAGAAAUCGACUUAUUUUGAAAUGAAAAUAAAUAUGUUUAAAUAUUUACCGUCAGCUAGAACAUUAAACUGAUCAAUUUGAACUGCCUAUUCUCCAUUGUCAAAUUUCGUGGGAUACAAAUGAGCUGAGAUUUAUA